AUUGAAACGUAAACAUGGCAGUUGACAGCUGGUUAGUCGGAACCAUUCUGUACUCAUUUACAGCUUUAGUUUUGUAUGAUUCUACAGUGAACGGUCUUUCAACAUUACCUAAUGGGACAAUCAUAGAAAAUGGAGUAUCAAUCCAGUCAGAAAGUAUAAUUAAAGAGAUAAAGGGCAACAGUACCCACUAUACAGAAUCACAAAAAGACGGUAACCAAAACUUUCAGAAACAAGAUUUUCCAACACAGAAAGCCUCUCCACUUAUAUCUGACCAACAGACCCAAAAUGUUAUGGAAAACAAAGUUGGUAAACAAACAAACCUUGAAAUUAGUUCUGAACAGCAAAUAAUGCAGGAACAGAAUUACACACAACAAAAUGCUGAACAGUUUCCAUCACAAUCAGGUCCAAAUGAACAGAAUCCUGUUCAACCAGCUCCACAAGGGCAGAAUAUCAUACAACCAGCUGAAGCAGGGAAGAAUCCAGUACAACUAGCCCCACAAGGGCAGAAUAUCAUACAACCAGCUGAAGCAGGGCAGAAUCCUGUACAACUAGCUCCACAAGGGCAGAAUAUCAUACAACCAGCUGAAGCAGGGCAGAAUCCUGUACAACUAACUCCACAAGGGCAGAAUAUCAUACAACCAGCUGAAGCAGGGCAGAAUCCUGUACAACUAACUCCACAAGGGCAGAAUAUCAUACAACCAGCUGAAGCAGGGCAGAAUCCUGUACAACUAGCUCCACAAGGGCAGAAUAUCAUACAACAAGCUGAAUCAGUGAAGAAUCCAGUACAACUAGCUCCACAAGGACAGAAUAUCAUACAACAAGCUGAAGCAGGGCAGAAUCCUGUACAACUAGCUCCACAAGGGCAGAAUAUCAUACAACAAGCUGAAGCAGGGCAGAAUCCUGUACAACUAGCCCCACAAGGGCAGAAUAUCAUACAACCAGCUGAAGCAGUGAAGAAUCUAGUACAACUAGCUCCACAAGGACAGAAUAUCAUACAACAAGCUGAAGCAAGGCAGAAUCCUGUACAAAUAGCUCCACAAGGGCAGAAUAUCAUACAACCAGCUGAAGCACUUCAAGCAGGGCAGAAUCGUGUACAACUAGCUCCUCUAGGGCAGAAUAUCAUACAACCAGCUGAAGCAGAGCAGAAACCUGUACAACCAACUCCUCAAGGUCAGAAUCUAAUACAACCAGCAGCAGAAGAGCAGAAUCCUGUACAACCAGUCACAGGAGAGCAGAAACCUGUACAACCAGCUGCAGUAGUGCAGAAUCCUGUACAACCAGCGUCACUAGGUAAGAUUCUCAUACAACCAUCUGUAUCAGAGCAGAAUCAUGUAAAAGCAGUUACAGGAGAGCAGAAUCUUGAACAACCAGCUGCCACAAAGCAGGAUCCUUUACAACCAGCUCAACAAAGCCAGAAUUCGUUACAACUAGCUGUAGCAGAGCAGAAUCGUGUACAUCCAGCUACAGGCCAGAAUUCUGUACAACCAGCUCCACUUGAACAGAAUUCUAUACAUCCAACACCACAAGGCCAGGAUUCUGUACAAAUCAUUCCACAGCAGACAAAUGAUGGCAGCGAUCAGAGCAGAAAAAAUGAAUUCAUGGCCAGCGAGAUUAGCAACCUUGUAACAAUAGUCCCACAAACCGAUCUUCUAAAACAAACUAGGCUUGGAACUUUUGAAGGACAACUAACAAAAAUGUCUACUGAAAAAGGAAAACAAGAUAAUGAACCUACUUUGUAUGGUAGAGAAAUGACAUCAGCACAAAGACAGAAUGGUAUAAAUAUUCAGGAUAUAAAACCAUCAAACCAAAACAUAGACACUGCCAAUAGGUAUGUUACAAAGCCACAACAAUUAAGCAAUGACAAAGAUAAUACACAAAUCAACAGAAAAGAAACAACAACAAGACCUGCAUUUCUAGCUCUUCUUCAGCCAGGGCCCGUCAUCCUCCAGCCAGAUCAGAUCAAAAGUUAUGUCAAUAUAGCUAAGAAAUUGUUGUUCUCCACCACUACUUCGGUAGCAGCAACAGAAUCUACCUACACAACAACAGAAUCGUUCCAGGAAGGAGAUUAUAAAUCAACAGAUUCCUUACAGGAAGGGGCUUACAAAUCAACCGAUUCCUUACAGGAAGGGGCUUACAAAUCCACAGAUUCCUUACAGGAAGGGGCUUACAAAUCCACAGAUUCCUUACAGGAAGGGGCUUACAAAUCCACAGAUUCCUUACAGGAAGGGGAUAAUAAAGAUACUCUGAAACUACAAGACAACUUUUAUGGUGAAUUUGACCAUUGGGAUAAUGAAGACGAGGAUGAAGAUGAAUUUCCUUUUGAUGACCUCCGACCUCCAUCAGCUGGCAUCGAUGAUGAUAGGAAUUUCUUCAUAGGGAACAGACCAGGAAUGGAGUUAUUUGGAGAUGAGAACGAUUACCCACCUCCCUAAAGAAGGUGUUGUUACAUCUAGCCUCCAUAAAAAGAACGAGGACAUUGAUGUAAAGAAGGACAUGAUAGCCUACUACAACUGGAUCCUCUUCAUUGCGCUCGUCAUUGCUUCUGUCUUCUUUUUUGUCAGACAGAGACACAGGUUUGGUUACAAGUGGGGACAGAAGCAGAACUACCGCAACACAUCUGAUGCUGAAGAGGGAAAACAGCUGAUGAAGAAUGUUUACACGUGAUAAAACUCACGAUUUCUCUGUCAGGAUUUAAUCCUGGGUGCUACUCCAUUGUUGUUCCUCAUGGUGUCUCUAAAGUGUUCUCCUUUUUACGCACAAAAUGUGUAUGAAAGUUAAUUUGAAUACUCAACCUUCAUUUACCUGGAAUUCACUUCUCAGAUAACAAUGUUUUCUUAGGUGUACAGUUCAUUAGGUGUUGCAUGUUCCAAAUGAACUGAGAACUGAUGUUGUUUUCUCUUGUAUCUGAUAGAAUUAUAACUGUGGGAUAUACUCCUUGUAUCUGAUAGAAUUAUAACUGUGGGAUAUACUAAGAAAACCUUUAAGUCUACUGAUAUUGAUAGUUCUUGUAUAAUAUGAGGGUUAUAUAUAGUAAGAGUACUUAUAUAUCCUAUUAGUACCUAAGUUUUUAUGUACACACACAUAUUUUUUUGUGCAACAAAUUCUUGAACAAUGCACUGUAACAUUUUGAGAAUUUCUAUCUUUUUUUAUUUCAUAAUUGAUAUUUUUAAGGAAAAGAAACAAUCUUGACAUAAUUGUUUGAAGUUGAAAUGAAAUUAAUUGUAGUUAUGAUGUUGAUGCCUCAUGAUCCUGCUAUGCAAACGAUGUAUUGCUUUAUAAGUUAACAUGUCCAAAUUGUCAUAAAAUCCUAUGGUGUUAGCUUUAAAUAUCUUUUUUUGAUGUUAUGUGGAUUUAUUUCCCUUAGUUGCCCUAUCUCAUUUUGACAGCAGAUUUUGAGUUAAAUCUUUAUGUUACAGUAAUAUAAAUAUGAUGAGUUUAUAUACAUCCCAUGAUUUUAUUUACAUGUUUACAGUUGCUAAUUUUAUGAGGGAAGAAUUUACAAAUUCAUAAUAAUUUGCAUAACCAUAAGGUUAAAGAAUGUUGACAGUUGAUAUCAAAUGGUCCAUUUGUCAAUUAUCACAUAUCACAUGUACUGUAUCAAUCAUAUUAUAAUGGGAUGAGGUUUCAAGAAAAGAAAUAAGCAUCAAUGCACAAGUUUUCAAGGAAUUGACAAACAUUUCACCGAUGGACAGAUUUACCACAAAGCCAAGAGAGAUAACUGUUUACUCCUCAGAAAUACCACAAAGCCAAGAAAGAUAACUGUUUACUCCUCAGAAAUACAACAAAGCCAAGGGAGAUAACUGUUUACUCCUCAGAAAUACCACAAAGCCAAGAGAGAUAACUGUUUACUCCUCAGAAAUACCACAAAGCCAAGGGAGAUAACUGUUUACUCCUCAGAAAUACCACAAAGCCAAGAGAGAUAACUGUUUACUCCUCAGAAAUACCACAAAGCCAAGGGAGAUAACAGUUUACUCCUCAGAAAUACCACAAAGCCAAGGGAGAUAACUGUUUACUCCUCAGAAAUACCACAAAGCCAAGAGAGAUAACUGUUUACUCCUCAGAAAUACCACAAAGCCAAGAGAGAUAACUGUUUACUCCUCAGAAAUACCACAAAGCCAAGGGAGAUAACUGUUUACUCCUCAGAAAUACCACAAAGCCAAGGGAGAUAACUGUUUACUCCUCAGAAAUACCACAAAGCCAAGGGAGAUAACUGUUUACUCCUCAGAAAUACCACAAAGCCAAGAGAGAUAACUGUUUACUCCUCAGAAAUACCACAAAGCCAAGGGAGAUAACUGUUUACUCCUCAGAAAUACCACGAAGCCAAGGGAGAUAACUGUUUACUCCUCAGAAAUGUUUGUGAGUUUCCUUGACAUGUGCAUUAUUCCUCAGUCAAAUUUUCAAGUUUAUAGGAAAAUGGUAACCUUAGAUUUGGGACUAAGGAAUUCUGGAAAUAGGGCAUUUUUCACAGUCCCCCAGAAUAUGUUAUAUGUGAAGUUGACUGUAUAUUGAUUCAUUAAUCGACUACUAAACAUGUUUUUUUCUUUUUCUUAUUUUGAAGUCUUAUAAAAACUUUUUUUAAAGCAUUUAUAUUGGAAUAUUGGAAUAUUGAUAUUCAAUUAUAGAUAUCCAUGUGUACAUAUCUGAUGAAGUAGAAGCUGCCAGGGUUUAAAAGCCCUGCUUAGGUUUGGGAUCUCCACAUGUAAUAAACAUGUAUAUGACCCUGUGAUGAAUUUAUACGUGUAGGUCAACCAUCUGUUUGUAUGCUGUGGUUUAUUUUUGCUGUGAGGUAUAUGAUAUUCUCAGGAAUAGGCAGUCUCAAGUUGAAUGUAUUUAUCUUAAUCUUCCUUAAUGCCAAAGCAGAUUUCAACCAAAUUUGUCAUUUGCCUUACAAUUCUUACCGAAAAAUUUAGUAACACUAUGAUUUAUGUGUUUAAGGGGACAUGAGUGAAGCCAUUCUGGAUCUGCCACAGUGCCAUAACAUUCAUUGUAUUUAUUGUGUUAUUAAACAUAUUUAUGAUAUGUGAUUUGCUGUUAGUUAAGUAGAUAUUGUUUUAGUUUAAUGAUGUCACAAGCAAGGCAAUGUCACAAAAAGGAAGUGUUACAAUAUGUCCAUUUUGUAAAUAUUUACCUUCAAUAAUGUUUUUUGCAGGAAUUUUACACAAAAUAUCUUGUUUACAUGCCGAAAGUGAAUCUCAAUUGAUGAUCAGUUUCCAUUUCCUAUGAGAUUGAUGAAAAUACAUGAAAUAUCUCAUACAUUUAAUACACAUGAUUGAGAUAUUUUUAUGAUAAGAACUAUAACGCAAUAUUUGUUUUUUUUUAUUAUGGUAUUUAUACAAUUAUUGUAGACAAAAACACUAAGUUUAUGUAUUUAAUGUAGAGUGAUAUAGAAAAGUAUAUUGUUUUGUUAAUACACGUUUUAUGAAGAAUGCCAGUUUUACAUUCUAUAAUACAAUAUUGUGAUGUAUAGUUUUACAUUCUAUAAUACAAUAUUGUGAUGUAUAACCUGCCAUUUGUUGUUUUGGCCACUUAAUAUGUCUGUUAUAGGGUACUUUUACCAAUAUGUUGUAUGUACAUUGUACUGAUUUGUCAUCAGCCAUUUUCUGUCAGCAGCUUACAUAGCCAUUAUUUAUAAUUUACACUGAGAAUAAUGACAUUUUUCAUGGUAUGUGCAACUGGAAUUAGUAAUUGAAUUAUAACCAUGAUUUCAACAAGGAUUUUUUUUCUUACCUUACCUGCCUGAAGGACUCACACAACUAUAUAAUUUACUAUAUGUUAUUACUAGUGACCCUAUCCCUUCCUUCGCUUGUUUAAAGUUCCAAUGAUUUGAAAUUUAUAUCAAAUUAAAGUUUGAAGUUU